UUCUGUUUGUUUCCGUUACACAUUUCUAGUAUCUGCCAUGUGUAAAGCUGCGAACUUCAACAUCCGCGUUUCUCUCCCGCCAUUGAUCUCAUCGCCUUCCUCUCAAGUUACUCACCCUAAUUUCCAUUCCCGUGCCAUAUCGAAACCGCAAUGUUGAACUUAAACUUGAUUUUCGCUCAGACAUAGAAAUGAUCAUCGCGAUGUUAUGUUAGUAUAUCACCAUUCCAUCUCAAUUCGCGACCCUCCAAUCAGACCGUCUGGAAAUCCUAAAUUAUCUACGAUAUUAUUAACAACAAUGUCUUGGGGAUUGGGCUGGAAGCGACCCUCCGAGACCUUCCACCUCAGGCUGAACUACGGCAAUGAAGAGUCUCAGGAGAAUCCUGGCCGUACGUCGUCGGCAUCUUCGUCGAGCUCGUCUUCUUCGUCUUCGGCAUCGAUCAUGUCGCAAGAUCAAGAGCUAGGAUUUCGAAUCGAAUUGGACUGGUCUGCCGCGGAUGACGAGGAUCAGGUGUAUUUGAGGCUCCAGUCGCAGCUCAUGGUGGCGCUGCCGAUGCCGCAGGACGCAGUGGAAGUGGAGUUGAGGCCCGGGGAGGAGGAGGCAGUGGGGGGGCCAAAUGUGGGGGUGGAGAUGAGGGUGGUGAAGAGGAGGGAGGAUGUAAGGUCCGUGACGAUGACUAAGUCGACCGGGUCGGGGCAGCAGAACGACGGGACCGGGGUGUUGACGCGCUUGUUAAGGUCGAACCUCUCCCCGCUGAUGCCUGGGGUUGCAGACGGUGUCUCCGACUGUGGUGAGCAUUGGAAGAGCGUCACUGUGCUCAGUCUCUGUGGAUGUGGCUUGUCGGCAUUCCCUGUUGAGGUAACUCGUUUGCCUCAUCUUGAGAAGCUUUACCUUGAUAACAACAAGCUAACACUUUUGCCAUCGGAGCUUGGUGAGCUGAAAAGCUUAAAAGUGCUUAGGGUUGAUUACAACAUGCUGGUUUCAGUACCUGUGGAACUAAGACAAUGUGUUGGACUGGUGGAAUUAUCAUUGGAGCAUAACAAGCUUGUUCGGCCUCUCCUUGACUUCAGGGCAAUGGCUGAGUUGCAGGUUCUAAGACUCUUUGGUAAUCCUCUUGAAUUCCUCCCUGAAAUUUUGCCAUUGCACAAACUUCGCCAUUUGUCUCUUGCAAAUAUCAGAAUUGUAGCUGAUGAAAAUUUAAGAUCAGUGCAUGUGCAAAUAGAGAUGGAAAACAGUUCUUAUUUUGUUGCAUCUAGACAUAAGCUAAGUGCCUUCUUCUCUCUUAUAUUCCGUUUUUCUUCUUGUCAUCACCCUUUACUAGCAUCUGCACUAGCAAAGAUAAUGCAAGACCAAGGAAACCGGGUAGUUGUUGGUAAAGAUGAGAAUGCAGUGCGUCAGCUUAUAAGUAUGAUUAGCAGUGACAACCAUCAUGUGGUUGAACAAGCAUGCUUCGCUCUUUCAGCUCUUGCUGCUGAUGUUUCUGUCGCAAUGCAUUUGAUGAGAGCUGAUAUCAUGCAACCCAUUAAAACAGUGCUGAAAUCUGUUGGUCAGGAAGAAGUAAUAUCUGUAUUGCAAGUCGUGGUGAAGUUAGCUUUUGCAUCUGACACUGUAGCUCAGAAGAUGUUGACGAAGGAUGUAUUGAAAUCCUUAAAAAUUUUAUGUGCCAAUAAAAACCCUGAGAUACAAAGGUUGGCUUUGUUAGCAGUUGGAAAUUUGGCCUUCUGUUUGGAGAACCGCCAUAUUCUGGUAACUUCUGAAAGUUUGCUGGAACUGCUCUUGCAUUUGACAGUUGCCCCUGAACCAUCUGUGAAUAAAGCUGCAGCUCGUGCCUUGGCAAUUCUUGGGGAGAAUGAAAAUCUACGACGUGCGAUAAAAGGUAGACCAAUAGCAAAGCAAGGACUACGCAUCCUCUCAAUGGAUGGUGGUGGCAUGAAAGGUAUGGCAACCGUGCAGAUUCUUAAAGAAAUUGAGAAGGGAACUGGAAAGCAGAUACAUGAGAUGUUUGACCUUAUAUGUGGAACAUCAACGGGUGGCAUGCUUGCUGUUGCCCUUGGUGUCAAGUUAAUGACCUUGGAACGGUGUGAAGAAAUAUAUAAAAACCUUGGAAAACUCGUCUUUGCUGAUCCUGUGCCAAAGGACAAUGAAGCUGCAACUUGGAUUGAAAAGUUGGAUCAACUUUAUAAGAGUUCAUCACAGAGUUUUAGAGUGGUUGUACAUGGAUCAAAACACAGCGCAGAUCAGUUUCAGAGGUUGUUGAAGGAAAUAUGUGCGGAUGAUGAUGGGGACCUUUUAAUAGAGUCUGCAGUGAAAAACAUUCCCAAAGUAUUUGUUGUAUCAACCUUGGUGAGCGUAGUACCAGCUCAGCCGUUUAUAUUUCGCAAUUAUCAGUAUCCUGCUGGAACACUAGAGGUGCCUCUUGCAAUCUCAGAAAGUUCAGGAAUUACUAUGCAAGGAUUGCCUCCUACAGAUGAUCAAGCUGGCUAUAAGCGCAGUGCUUUUAUUGGAAGUUGUAAGCACGAAGUAUGGCAAGCUAUAAGAGCAUCUUCUGCUGCUCCAUAUUAUCUUGAUGAUUUCUCAGAUGAUGUGCUGCGCUGGCAAGAUGGUGCAAUAGUGGCGAACAAUCCUACUAUUUUUUCCGUAAGAGAAGCCCAACUUCUUUGGCCUGACACAAGAAUUGACUGCUUAGUUUCCAUUGGUUGUGGUUCUGUUCCAACAAAGGUGCGGAAAGGUGGUUGGCGUUAUCUGGAUACUGGGCAAGUGUUGAUUGAGAGUGCAUGCUCUGUAGAUCGGGUAGAGGAAGCUUUAAGCACAUUGCUGCCUAUGCUCCCUGAAAUACAGUAUUUUCGAUUUAAUCCAGUUGAUGAAAGUUGUGAUAUGGAACUGGAUGAGACUGAUCCAGCUGUCUGGCUGAAAUUGGAAGCCGCAGUUGAGAAAUACAUCCGAAAUAAUUCUCAAGCCUUCAAGAAUGUCUGUGAGAGACUGCUUCUUCCUUACCAAAAUGAUGAGAAAUGGUCCGAGAAUAUGAGAACUCAUCAUUUCCCCAAGGCGAAGGGGUCAAGUGUAGCUGUCGGUGGACCUUCUCUGGGGUGGAGGCACAAUGUAUUACUUGUUGAAGCUUCACAUAAUCCAGAUUCAGGAAGAACUGUGCACCAUGCUCGAGCACUCGAGUCAUUUUGCUCCCGAACUGGAAUACGGCUAUCCCUUAUUCGAGGGACUUCAGGGAUAGUGAAGACUGUGCCAACAGCAACAUUUCCAACACCAUUUGAAUCACCUCUGUUCCCUGGAAGCUUCCCAUCAAGCCCACUUCUUUACAGUCCUGAUUUUGGCCCACAGAGGCUUGGCAGAAUUGAUGUGGUCCCCCAUUUAAGCUUGGAUGGUGAAUCUGGAAAGGCAGCUGCAUCACUCCCAAUAUCUCCUCCAGGGCCCAGAAAGCUUUCUUUACCUGUUCGAUCACUGCAUGAGAAAUUGCAGAACUCACCACAAGUGGGCAUCAUACAUUUGUCCCUUCAAAAUGACUCUUUUGGCUCAAUAUUAAGUUGGCAGAAUGAUGUAUUUGUGGUGGCUGAACCCGGAGAGCUUGCAGAUAAAUUUGUGCAGUGUGUUAAAUUGAACUUGUUUUCAGUGAUGCGGAGAUGUCGCAAAAAGGAGGCAUCACUUCUUAGCAAUAUUUCAACCGUUGCUGAUUUGGUUGCAUUAAGACCACAGUUCCAAGUUGGAAGCAUUGUACAUCGUUAUAUAGGGUGCCAAACCCAAGUUAUGGAAGAUGACCAAGAGAUUGGGGCAUAUAUGUUUCGUAGAACAGUCCCUUCUAUGCACUUAACUCCUGAUGACAUUCGUUGGAUGGUUGGAGCUUGGAGGGAUAGGAUCAUAAUUUGCACGGGAACAUAUGGGCUUAAUUUAACUCUGAUUAAAGCCUUUCUUGACUCUGGUGCUAAAGCUGUUGUAUGUUCUUCCACCGAACCCCGUGAAACGCAGCUGACAAACUUUCAUGGAUCAGGGGAGUUCAAUAUUUUUGAAAAUGGCAAGUUUGAGAUUGGAGAGGAAGAGGCAGAAGAUGAAGAAGCUGAACCUGCCAGUUCAAUGAGUGAUUGGGAAGAUAGUGACCCUGAGAAAAUUGGUGACCGUUCCACUUGUUGGGAUGAAGAUGAGGAGGAACUGUCACAGUUUAUCUGUGAAUUGUAUGACUCAUUAUUCCGGGAUGGUGCGAGUGUUGAUGUUGCUCUGAAACAUGCUCUAGCCUCUCAUCGAAGGUUAAGAUUGCAGUGUUGAACACAAUGGGACCUAUUCAAAAAGCAAAAGAAUCGAAGAGAUAUAUCAGCAACAGUUGGACCCCAUACGUAACAAGCACUCAAGCAAGACAACGAAAUCAGAAAGGAAAAGAAGUAAUAGAAAAGAAGUGUACCAAACGCAUGAUGACUAAAGAAUCAAAAGCACAAGGAAUUUUAAUUUUAUCAAUACAUGAUGAUGGCUUAGCACAGAACAGAGAGUAUAAACAUUCAUCGAAAUUGCCUCAUUCGUAACAGAGAAAUUAUCAAUCAUUAACAAAAGUAUCCAGCCCCAAAGGCUCAAGACUGCUCAAAGGAAAAACUUGAUUGCAUGGUCGAAGAAGUCAAAAGGGUAAAAAGAUUUAUUCGGAAAAUAUGCAUGCUUUCAUUGCAAUGUCCCCACAUAGAAAUUCAAUUAUGCAAAAUUUCAUGCUGUCCACUUAAAGAUAAAGCAGAUGAAUGAGUGUCUGUUUUGGGGAUUAAAGCGGAGAUGCUCCAACUAUAUUCAAAGCAAUUCCCCACCUUGAUAAAGACCAAGGACCCAACUUUCUUCAUCCACAAGCCUCCAUAAUAUACCUUACAAAAUGCAAUAUAAAGCCAGUACCAAUUCCACCAAGUUUCCCGAGAAAAUGGCUGCAAUUGCUCCAGUUUCGAUAGGCACACGGGGCACCGUCGGAUCACUUGUCAGAAAGGAAAUUGAGUAUUUCGGAAAGCUCGAAAUAGACCCAUGUGAAAGCUCACAAAAACCUCGGGGACAGAUUGUGGACAUGGCUUCCACCAGCGGUCACUCCAGGCCUAGUUUCUGGCUCUUGCUAAUGACAUGGAAAAGGAAGAAGAGGAGAGGCACUGGUUCUCACCUGCCAAACAUGUGCUCUGUUGUUGAAGUUGCAGAAAGGAAUCGGCUGAACAGAAUUCCUGGUUACAAUUACAGAAUCCUCAAAAAUAACUUGCACAUUUAGAUGAUGCUCCCAAACUUUCUGAGCCAGUUUGUUCUAUGGCUCAACAAUGCCUUUUUCCUAUGAUGAUAAGAUUACCCUUGUCAGGUUCCCCUAUGUUGUGCAUGGGGAUCCAUUAUGCAGCUUCUUCUUUUCUUUUCUUCUUCUUCUUCUUCUUCUUCUUCUUCUUCUUUUAUAUAUAUAUAUAUAUAUAUAUAUAUAUAUAUAUAUAACAUGGUGCUGUUUCUGGUGCUUCACGAUUGCUUCAUCUGAUAAUAAUCUUCCUAAUUGUGCUUUCUUUGAGAAAUGCCUUGGAGCUGGGAGACAGAAUUCUGGAGUCUCACACAAGAAAGAAGGAUUGAUCAACGAAGAUAAAAGUCUUGUAAACUUCUAAUGCACGUGUAAUUGACACCAAAGUCUACUCUUGUACUUAUUUGAUCUGUACAACGUUUUCAUGUACUCGAAAAAGAAAGACAAAUAGAUGUAGAGAUUUUCUUUUAGUUGUAUUUUAUUUGGAUGAACCUGUAGUACCUUUCUCAUAA